GAAUACAAGCAAGAGUGAAACAGUGAAAGAUCAUCCAUUAAAACCCUCUAGAAGAUCAAUGCCAUGCCUAGCCCAGAGCCAAACACAUCCUCAGAGUCUGAGCAAGCAUUCGUCAUUUCUGCAGCCAAAUCGUGUGCAGCCACAGCCCCGGCCUCAGCCUCUAAGUGCAGGGACAUCUACAGCUACAGUGGAUGUAGUGUCAGAACGAGCUAAAGUGAUGGAGACUUUGGAAAACAACUUGAUUAAGCUGUCUAAUACAGAAUACAGUGAUCCAUUUUUAGACAUAGGAAAGGAAAAAGACACAUACACAGAUGAUUCAGAACAUGGAAAUUAUGAUGCUCGUACAGAUCAGUCAUUGCUUAUUCAAAACAAACUUACCAGACAGAAAACAGAACCUCGGACUAAAUCAUCUUUAAAGAGAGAUGCCAUGGCAUCAUCAGGCCUUUUCUUCAAAGAUGGCAAAAAACGCAUUGAUUACAUAUUGGUCUACAAAAAGUCAAGUCCACAGGUAGAAAAAAGAAGCACGUUUGAGAAGAAUUUGAGAGCAGAAGGGCUGAUGUUGGAACGAGAGCCAGCUGUUACAAACAGUGAUAUCAUGUUUGUUAAAAUUCACUGUCCAUGGGAGACGUUGUGCAAAUACGCAGAAAGAAUGAACAUCAGGAUGCCUUUCAGGAAAAAAUGUUAUUACACUGACUGGAGGAGCAAAACCAUGGGCAGUUUGCAGAGGAAUAUGAGAGAGCUGAAAAGUUGGUUGCCCAGAAACCCAAUGAAGCUUGAUAAGGAGGCCCUACCUGAUCUGGAAGAAACAGAUUGCUACACAGCACCCUUUAGCCGUGCACGCAUACACCAUUUUACAAUAAACAACAAAGACAGCUUCUUCAGCAAUUCCACAAGAAGUAGAAUUGUACAUCACAUGCUACAGAGAACUAAGUAUGAAGAUGGAAAAUCCAAAAUGGGUAUUAACAGAUUACUAAAUAAUGGAACAUACGAAGCAGCAUUUCCACCACAUGAGGGAAGCCACAAAAGCAGACAUCCCAUCAAAACACACGGAGCUCAGAAUCACAGACACCUCUUAUAUGAGCGUUGGGCACGGUGGGGAAUGUGGUACAAAUACCAACCUCUUGAUUUAAUCAGCAAAGAGAUCUGCGAGGCAAAUGAAACCAUCAUGUGCCCUAUGUGUGAACGCAAUUGCACACUACAAAAGCUCAAUGAAAGCUGCAUAUACGCCAAGGUUACACAUUUGUUUGAUAAUGGAGGGACUGUCUUCUUUGCUAUUUUCAUGGCAAUUUGGGCUACAGUGUUUCUAGAGUUUUGGAAAAGACGGAGAGCUGUAUUAACCUAUGACUGGGACCUCAUAGACUGGGAAGAUGAAGAGGAAGAACUGCGCCCUCAGUUCGAAGCUAAAUAUUCCCAAGUGGAAAGAGUAAAUCCUAUCACAGGAAAACCUGAACCUUUUCAGCCUUUCCCUGAUAAGCUCAGUCGACUGAUGGUAUCUGUCUCAGGAAUAUUCUUCAUGAUUUCACUGGUCCUCACUGCAGUGUUUGCAGUUGUGGUGUAUCGUCUGGUAGCCAUGGAGCAGUUUGCUUCUUUCAAGUGGUAUUUCAUCAAGAAAUAUUGGCAGUUUGCAACGUCUGGCACUGGAGUCUGUAUCAAUUUUAUGAUCAUCAUGUCACUCAAUGUUGUAUAUGAAAAGGUUGCCUAUCUCCUGACAGACUUAGAACACCCUAGAACAGAAUCUGAAUGGGAAAACAGUUUUGCCUUGAAAAUGUUCCUCUUCCAGUUUGUCAACUUGAACAGCUCCAUCUUUUACAUUGCCUUUUUUCUUGGCAGAUUUGCAGGCCGCCCAGGAAAGUACAACAAGCUUUUUAACAGAUGGAGACUGGAAGAGUGUCAUCCCAGUGGUUGCUUGAUAGACCUGUGUUUGCAAAUGGGAGUUAUUAUGGUUUUAAAACAAAUGUGGAACAACUUCAUGGAGCUAGGCUAUCCUUUGUUACAGAAUUGGUGGUCACGACGCAAAAUGAAGAGAGGAGGACAAUUAAUGGAGCAUAAAAUUUCUCUGCCUCAGUGGGAAAAAGAUUGGAAUCUGCAGCCUAUGAACCUCCAUGGUUUAAUGGAUGAAUAUUUAGAAAUGGUUUUACAGUUUGGCUUUACCACCAUCUUCGUUGCCGCCUUCCCACUGGCACCUCUCUUGGCAUUGCUUAACAAUAUCAUAGAGAUAAGGUUAGAUGCGUACAAGUUUGUCACUCAGUGGCGAAGACCUAUGCCUGCAAGAGCAACAGAUAUAGGUAUCUGGUAUGGGAUUCUGGAAGGAAUUGGUGUUCUGGCUGUCAUCACCAAUGCCUUUGUUAUUGCCAUUACUUCUGAUUACAUUCCACGUUUUGUCUAUGCAUACAAAUAUGGUCCCUGCACAGAUCAAGGAUACAGACAAGAAAAAUGCUUAAAAGGGUAUGUCAACAGCAGUUUAUCAGUAUUUGAUUUGAGUGAACUUGGAAUGGGAUACUCAGGAUAUUGCCGGUAUAGAGAUUACAGAGCCCCGCCAUGGAGUUCAACUCCGUAUGAAUUCACUUUGCAGUUCUGGCAUGUCCUGGCAGCGCGGCUGGCCUUCAUCAUUGUAUUUGAGCACCUUGUUUUUGGAAUAAAGUCUUUCAUUGCCUACCUGAUUCCAGACAUGCCCAAAGACUUGUGCGACAGAAUGAGGAGAGAAAAAUACUUAGUCCAGGAAAUGAUGUAUGAGGCUGAACUGGAGCAUUUGCAGAGAGAAAGGAAAAAAAAUGGGAAACAGUAUCACCAUGAAUGGCCUUAG